AUGACUUUGAUAUGGGGAACUCUAGUGGUUUUUCUAUUUGUAUAUUCCUUGUAUGUGCUACUAAACAUUCACAAGAGGAAAAGGUUUCCUCCAAGUCCAACAGGCUUUCCCAUUUUAGGACAUCUUCAUUUGUUAGCUGGUAAAAAUCCACACAAUGAUUUACAAAAACUAGCCAAGAAACAUGGUCCUAUUAUGUAUGUGCAAUUGGGACUGGUACCUGCAAUCGUUGCCUCGUCUGUUGAUGCAGUCGAGAAGUUCCUCAAGACAAAUGAUCACAUCUUUGCUAGUAGGCCUCAUAGUGAGGCAUCUCAAUAUUUGUCUUAUGGACAGAAGAAUUUGAUAUUUGCAAAGUAUGGUGUGUAUUGGCGCAACAUGCGCAAAUUGUGCACUGUUCACCUUUUAAGCAAUCACAAGAUCAAUUCAUUUCAAUCCAUGAGAAAGCAAGAAGUUCAACUUCUGAUUGAAUCGAUUAAAAAGGAAGCUCAUGAUCGUGUAGUUGUUGAUCUUAGUGCAAGGAUUUUGUCCUUGAAUGCUAACUUGACUUGCUUGAUGAUGUUUGGAAAGAAGUACAUGGAUGAGGACUUAGACAAGAGGGGAUUCAAAGCUAUUGUUCAAGAUGUUGUGGAUUUAGUAUCCACACCAAAUCUUGGAGAUUUUUUUCCUUUCCUUGGAGUUAUUGAUCUCCAGGGUCUCAAUCGCAAACUCAAGGAUCUUUCAAAGGUGUUUGAUGAGUUUCUUGAGAGGAUUAUUGAUGAACAUGUCGAGUAUCAUGAUCGGGAUCAAACCAAGGACUUUGUGGACACCAUGAUGGACAUAAUGCAAUCUGGAGAAGCAGAAUUUCAGUUUGACCGUCGUCACAUAAAAGCUAUCCUCUUGGACAUGCUUCUGGCUGCAAUGGACACUACAGCAUCAACAGCAGAAUGGAUACUCACCGAACUUCUUAGGCAUCCCCAAGUGAUGAAGAAACUCCAAAACGAGUUGCAAGAAGUGGUAGGCCUUGAAAGAAUGGUAGAAGAAUCAGACUUGGAGAACUUAAACUACUUAAACAUGGUUGUAAAUGAGGGCCUGAGGCUGCAUCCUGCAGUGCCACUAUUUUUUCAUGAGGCCAUGGAAGAUUGUGUAGUCGAUGAUUUCCACAUACAGAAGGGAUCCCGAAUCAUAAUAAAUUGUUACGCGAUUCAUAGGGAUCCAAACGUUUGGCCAGACCCUGAGAAGUUUUUUCCUGGGAGAUUUGUUGGGACACUACACCAAAAGAGACCUUUAGCGCUGUACAGUGUGCAAAUGAGCUGGAGCAGACCAAUCAAUACCUAUGUUAAUGUUCAUCGAAUUUCUAGAAGGAAUACGAGUGAAAAAAUCACUAAAGUACUGAACUCUGCCGCCGCUGUGCCGAACUCCACCGCUGUUGUGCCGAUUUCCGCCGCCGUUGUGUUGAUUUCCAUUGCUGACCAUUUGAGUUUCAUUGAAGGGAGAAGACGGAGGAAUAUUCAAAGUAAAAAGGAAUUGGGGCAAAAUGGGAGCAGUAUAGAUUUUCGUGGACGUGACUUUCAGCUUUUACCAUUUGGCUCUGGGAGAAGAAGCUGUCCUGGAAUGCAGUUGGGAGUUACCAUCGUUCGCCUUAUGGUGGCACAGUUGGUGCAUUGCUUUGAGUGGGAGCUUCCAAAUGGUAUUGAGCCUUGUGAUUUAGACAUUGAUUAGAAGUUUGGAAUGGUAACAUGUAGAGAAAAGCCUU